AAAAGACCUGCAACUAGAUGUCUCUGUUCUUUGAAAGAAUUAUAUUGUGGUGAAGAGAAAGCAGCUGCUUUCUUACAAAGAAGCUCUAUACAGUUUCAACACAGAUUGUCAUGGCGAGGAAGCAUGGAUGGUCAAAAUUUAUGAAUAACCGACCUCCAGCUAAUUCCCGAUACCAGCCCACUGCAUACGAACAUGCUGCCAACUGUUACACACAUGCCUUCCUAAUUUUUCCAGCAAUUGUCGGCAGCACAUUACUUCAUCGACUGUCGGAUGACCGGUGGAAGAAGAUCACAGCCUGGAUGUAUGGCGUGGGUCUGUGUGCACUGUUCAUUGUUUCAACUGUCUUCCACAUCAUUGCAUGGAAGAAGAGUCACUUAAGCUGCAGUGUUGAAAACCAUCCAGAACCUGCAGGCAGAGUGUGGGGCAAGAAAGCUUAAAAGAAAGAACUGACACCAGAAAGUUCACCUGGUCAUCUAUCUAAUCAAAGGACAACCCAUCACCCUACAGGCAAGAUCAACUCAUCAUUGUAAAAAUCACAACAGCUGAGAAAAAGCUCUUUUCACCUCCAUGUAGACAAGCACUUUUCUGUGGAUCUGUAGACUUUUGAUCUUAGAAUUUUGUUUACUCUAUGCAAUCUUU